AGACAAUGAGCGCGAGUCUCUGCCGACCGCCUGCUGCUUAUUGUUCCGGGACUGGAGACUGCAGCUGGCAGCUGCCGCCUCCUCCGGGGUUUAGCUUCUCGCUCGCUCCUCCGCCCGACUCAGGACCAUCGGGGUCAGCUAGCGCUGACCCUCGGGGCUCCGGGAUGCUAGCCCCAAGCUGCAGCCGCGCUUCGCUGACCGUCUUUUCUCUGCUUUGCAGGUUGCCUUCUUCACUCCCGAGGGUAUCGCGAGCCCAGGUGGCGAGGACCCGGCGCCUCGGCGCGGCAAGGUGGGAUGCGGUGUAGACAGCGCUAAGUGCCCCCACGCUGGGCGCCGGGCGCACUCGCUCCUGGCCGCGGGCCGAGCAGCGGCGUUGGAGGGGAUGAGCCCGGGACGCGCAAGGCGCCUGCCGCGAGCUGCCGCCCGGAGGGAGACGCCUAGCAGGGCUCAUCGCAGGACCGCGUGGACCCCUGCCCCCCGCAGCACGCGGCUGCGGAGUCUCGGGGUCGCAUCUGUGGUUAGGAUGCACUGGGCGCCUCCCCGCUGGUGAGGAUGCCCUGCCGCGCGGCUCUGCUUCCCCAGCCCCGGUCCCAGGUGGGCACCACUGAGUGGGUCCGGCUUCGGCCCCUCGUGCAGGCGGAUGAAAAGCGCCGGUGUUCUUGGGUGCGAUCAGCAAUCGAAUCUGAAGUCUAAGAGCCAUGGACGAAGGUACCGGACUACAGCCCCAGGCGGGAGAGCAGCUGGAGGCACGGGCCACAGCAGGAGCUGUCCAGGAGAAGUGCGAGCCCGAGACCUUGCGGUCUAAGAGUUUACCGGUCCUGAGCAGCGCCUCCUGCCGGCCGCCCCUCAGUCCUGCGCGCGCAGACGCCAAGCCGGCCUCGGGCUGUGCGGAUUCUUUGGGCCACCAGGAGUUGAAGCAAGGCCCGAACCUGACGGCCUCCAGCCCCUCUGACCCGUCCACGUCGGCGGGGAUGGCGGGGCUCGUGGACUGUAACCACAGGGUGGACGUCAGCAAAACCGUCUCGGUGUCCUCCACUCUGGCCACACUCCAGGAGAGAAGGUGCCUCUACGUGGUCCUCACGGAUUCCCGAUGCUUCCUGGUUUGCAUGUGCUUUUUGACCUUCAUCCAGGCGUUGAUGGUCUCCGGGUACCUGAGCAGCGUCAUCACCACCAUUGAAAGGCGCUACAGUCUGAAGAGUUCCGAGUCGGGGCUGCUGGUCAGCUGCUUUGACAUCGGGAACCUGGUGGUGGUGGUGUUCGUCAGCUACUUUGGCGGCCGGGGUCGGCGGCCCCUGUGGCUGGCCGUGGGCGGACUUUUCAUCGCCUUCGGGGCUGCCCUCUUCGCCUUACCUCACUUCAUCUCACCUCCCUACCAGAUCCAAGAGUUGAACGCCUCGGCCCCAAACGACGGCCUGUGUCAGAACGGCAACUCCACGGCGCCUUUGGAGACUCCGGCCUGCCCGAAGGACUCAGGAGGAAACAGUCACUGGGUCUACGUGGCUUUAUUCAUUUGCGCGCAGAUUCUCAUUGGAAUGGGCUCCACGCCUAUUUAUACCCUGGGACCAACCUACUUAGAUGACAAUGUCAAGAAAGAAAACGCAUCCUUGUACCUAGCCAUCAUGUAUGUCAUGGGAGCACUUGGCCCUGCAGUGGGAUAUUUAUUAGGUGGACUUCUUAUUGGUUUUUAUGUUGAUCCGAGAAAUCCUGUUCACCUUGACCAGAAUGACCCUCGUUUCAUUGGAAACUGGUGGAGUGGAUUCCUCCUUUGUGCCAUUGCAAUGUUUCUUGUGAUAUUCCCAAUGUUUACUUUUCCAAAAAAGCUUCCACCUCGACACAAGAAAAAAAAAAAGAAAAAAUUUUCUGUUGAUGCUGUUAGCGAUGACGACGUUCUGAAGGAGAAGUCAAACAAUAGUGAACAAGUGGACAAAAAAGUUUCUUCUAUGGGAUUUGGAAAGGAUGUCAGAGACCUACCAAGAGCAGCUGUCAGGAUCUUAAGCAACAUGACAUUCCUUUUUGUGAGUUUGUCAUACACAGCUGAGAGUGCCAUUGUAACUGCUUUCAUUACCUUCAUUCCCAAGUUCAUCGAGUCACAGUUUGGUAUCCCAGCUUCCAAUGCCAGCAUCUACACUGGUGUUAUUAUUGUCCCCAGUGCUGGUGUUGGUAUUGUCCUGGGAGGCUACAUUAUAAAAAAAUUGAAACUUGGUGCCAGAGAAUCUGCAAAACUAGCCAUGAUCUGCAGUGGUGUGUCUUUACUGUGUUUUUCAACCCUAUUUAUUGUUGGAUGUGAAAGCAUUAAUCUAGGGGGCAUAAACAUCCCUUAUACAACAGGACCCUCCCUCACCAUGCCCCAUAGGAAUCUGACGGGAAGCUGCAACGUCAAUUGUGGUUGUAAAAUACAUGAGUAUGAGCCAGUCUGUGGGUCAGAUGGAAUUACAUACUUUAACCCUUGUCUGGCUGGCUGUGUUAAUAGUGGUAAUCUUAGCACUGGGAUACGGAAUUAUACAGAAUGCACCUGUGUCCAAAGUCGACAAGUGAUCACCCCACCCACGGUGGGACAGCGCAGUCAGCUCCGAGUGGUGAUCGUCAAAACGUAUCUCAACGAGAACGGCUACGCUGUGUCCGGGAAGUGUAAACGGACCUGUAAUACCCUUAUCCCAUUCUUAGUUUUUCUUUUCAUAGUCACUUUCAUCACGGCAUGUGCCCAGCCAUCAGCCAUCAUUGUAACACUCAGCAUACAUUCCUACUCCGAUUUACUUUGGAGCAGUCAUUGAUACCACCUGCAUGCUCUGGCAGCAGGAAUGCGGAGUGCAGGGCUCUUGCUGGGAGUACAACGUGACGUCGUUUCGUUUCGUCUACUUUGGUUUGGCGGCCGGCCUCAAAUUCGUGGGCUUUAUUUUUAUUUUUCUGGCCUGGUACUCCAUAAAAUACAAGGAGGAUGAACUGCAGAGGCGGAGGUGGAGAGAGUUCCCCCUGAGCACUGUGAGUGAGAGGGUGGGCCGCCCCGACAGCGCCCGGACUAGAUCUUGCCCCGCUUUCAGCACCCAGGGAGAAUUCCACGAAGAGACUGGUCUGCAAAAAGGGACCACAGCACAGACCUACCCGGGGCCCUUCCCAGAAGCAAUAAGUUCCUCUGCAGACCCAGGGCCGGAGGAGAGCCCUGUUGCUAUGUAGCAGCCUUCCUGAAGCUCGAAGAUGGAAGGAUUUAGUUUUGUUGGUUGAGUCGAAUAUGGCGACUUGAGAAACAACCGUGCCUUCUUUUCUUUCUUUUUUUAACCUCUGCAGACACAAUCCUCAAACCAACAAAACUCAGUAUACACAGCCACUAUUGAUUGAGGGCUGGAUACCUCAACAAGACUGCAAGCCUUCCACCCCGCCGCCCCAAGACGGAGGAGGUUAGACAGAUUUGCUACCAUUUCCGCCAUGUUAAUUUAAAGUUCAUGCUCCAGGGGUACAUGGUUCACAAAAUCACGGGAAGGGGAAUGGUGGUGCAUAUCACUAGCGUACACUCCACACACAGGUGAGCUUGACCAUGACUUUGCAUUUACGAAUCAACGUUUUUAGAUAUGAACACCUACUGUGAGUUCUGCUACAAAGCACAAAUGAAUUUGCUUCAACUAUGCAAUUUGAUUGGGAAAAUGUAAGUGCAGCAUGUUACUUUUUGCUUUCACAGAUAUGGUUUUGAAAGAGGAA